AUGAGCUCCCCAGACUAGGUGUCCGUUUGGGGGGCCAGUUUCAGGUCAGAGGGUGGCGAGCAGGCUGGCACCUGCACGGCCACUUCAGGAGCCCCUUGGGGCCACGGGAAUGUCCACGGCCUCGAUUUGGGGGUGCUGCACAGCAGCAAGGGCGAGGGUGAGGGCAAGAGCGGGUUCACAGAUCCCGAGGGCUUCAGCUUCAAGUGUGAGAGCAAAUUGACAGAGCAGGGGAGGGUGGUGCUCUGGGGCUGGGAAGGCCGGCCUGACACCCCAGUAGACGACCAAGGGGACUGUGUGGACUACUCGUCCUACCUGACUGACGAGCCAGCUGCCAUCGUGCCGCUGCCCAGCAUCCAGGGACACAUGUCCUCAGAAAGCACAGCUGCCAAAGGGUCCACUGACAUUUGGGCGGACCUGGAGGCCGGCCCUCUCCACCUCAGUGGUCCUGGGCCAGGCCCGGCCUGGGAGAAUCCAGAAAGGGGCUAGAAGAGUAGAUGGAGAAUCGGCGUAGAUCCCCAGCAGCCCUCGGCGAAAGACCCCUCGGGGCCGUCUACCCACGUGUCUGAUUCCGCAGAAGAGAGCAGCGGCUUACCACUGAUGAGGGUGGGCAUUCGCCGCAACGAAGGAAGCCAGGCCAAGCCCGGCAGCCCCAAGAAGGCAGCAGACACAUCCAGACACGUAGGCUUCCACUGCAAGGAGAGUUACCUGCCCGUGCCGGGCCGUUUCCUGACCUCUGCUCCCCGCGGACUCACUCCAGUCGUGGAGAGGCCGGCUGUGGGAGAGCUGGAGGACUCUCCCGGAAAGAAAAUACAGAGCAGGACCUGGGGAAAGGUGGAGGCCAGGCCCAGCUGCUCAGGAGCUGCCACUGCAGGGGCCCUGCCCCAGGGCCUUUCAAGGAGGAAGAUGGCCCAGGGGAAGAAGUCCCCAGGAGGUGCCUCUCAACUGGCUCCGGGGAGAGCCUUUCCUGCCUGCGGAAAGAGACUCUCAGCUGCUCCCCCGGAGCCGGCCACCUUCCCGCCAUUCUCUGGUGUGGGGACACACGGGAUGUCCAAGAAACCCCAAAAGCCUAAGCACAGCAACCCUGGGAAGAAACCUGCAGGAAGAAAGACCAGGGAGUCCCAGGCUGUGGCCAGAGAAGAUAAUGACCCAAAUAGAGAUGCAGUCCCAAGGCUUCCCACACACAGGCCAGGGCUGCCUCGCCUGUCUGUGCAUCAUGGAGAAUUCAGCAGUGGUGACCCCAACAUCAGAGCUCCCCAACUUCUGGGACGUUCAGAGCCCUCUGCCUACAGCCUGGGAGGCCUCCUGCCCACACGCCACGCACCCUCCGGUGACCAGCAGCCACCUGUCCAUUCUCCAAGACCAGAAAGGCAGCAGCAGCCCCCGGGAGCCCAGGACUGUCCUUGGUGCAUCCAGCUGCAGAAGGAAAUUGAGGACCUUACACAGCAAUUAGCGGCCAUGCAGUUCCUCACUGACAAGUUCCAGAGCCUUCGAAGUGAGUGUGGCACACACCAUGCCCCUUCCCACAAUCCUGGUAGCUUAGGAGGGCUAUUGCCUCUCGAGGUUACACGAGAUUUCCUCGAGUUCCCUGUUCUGCCUUCACCCUCCCUGACAGUUGAGAUCGCCUCGUUCCUUCAGCCGGCAUCCUGGGCUGGGCAGGCCCCAGAUUUGGUCACAGAUUCCGGUUCCAGUGAGGAGGUGUGGGAAUUGGGGAGCUCCCAUGGGAGGGUGCCCCAAUGCCAGCGAACAGAGACACGGGCAGGUCGGACAGUGAGGGUGGAAAGUGGGGAAUCGGGACUGCCCCGGGACAGCUGGUUGGGUUCGGCCAUGGUCGGGCGGAGCCUUCCACUUCUAGGGGAAAUAAGUGCAGAAUCCGAGGCUCCUCGGAUUAGAGGAAUCCACCUGGGCCCCAGUGGAGAGGAGGAGGUCGAGCCUCUCCCCUUAUUCAGUGCCCCCCUCUUGCUUUUCCCUCAAGUCUCCUCUCUCACCAAGAGGAAUGUGGAGUCCGGCCUGGAGAGUCUUAGUCCCCCUCCUGCCUUGUCCUGCCACUCAGUUCAUACGUGCUCCAGAGGUCUGCUGAGCUGUGUGCCUGCCCUUGAUGCAGCCGCUGAGGCUGAGCCCUGA